GUCAUAGAGAUGCGAACCUGAGGCUGAAGUCCAGCUGUGACUGGGCAGGAGAAGGCUGUGUGAAAGGACCCGCAAUUCAGUGAACUCUCAGCAGUAGACAGCUCUGUUAGCGUUCUGGUGCUUUUCAUUCAGAAAAGUAUACACAACUACAGCCUGAGCGCGGGAGAGGAUUUGCAUACAGCGACCUACAUAUCUAUUCACUGCAGCCUCAUACAGGAGUCUUCACUGAAGGAAAGUGAAGGAUGAAGUGUGGAAUAUGCUGGCUGCUGGUAGUGGCCCUGCUGCUGCUCAGUGUGACUGGAGUUGACAUGGAGCAUCUCCAAGCUGAGAACCUGAAUCUCCUUCCCCCGGAUGAGCACAACUUGGUCCUGAACCGUGGGAUGAGAGUGCUGCCCAGAGACUGCCAUGAAAUGCUGAUGACGUCUUCGGGCCAGGCCAGAGACGGUGUGUACCUGAUCAAACCAGGUGACUCCCCCAUCGUGGCCUACUGUGCCAUGCAGGAGGGAGGCUGGACCGUGGUGCAGCAUAUCACCGUCAAUAGCAGCGUGGAUUUCGAUCGUACCUGGGCUGAAUACAAGGAUGGCUUUGGGGCUGUAACCGGUGAUCACUGGCUCGGGAACGAAUACCUUCAUCAGCUCACCCGCGGCCCCGGGCGCUUUAAACUGGGAGUAAAGCUAGUAGACCGAGACGCCAUCACGAAGACGGGGGAGUAUGAUCCGUUCUUGGUGGAGGAUGAAUCGUCAGCAUACAGGCUGAGGCUGGGGUUGUUCCAGGGCACAGCUGUAGAUGCUCUGACCCUGGACACAGAGAACUACCUGCAUGACAACCAGAGAUUCACCACUAAAGACAGAGACAAUGACAACUACUUCCAAAAUUGUGCUAAGCUGGAGUUUCAGGGGGUGCCAGGAGGAGGUUGGUGGUACGACGCCUGUGCUGGUGCCAACCUCAAUCGCAGGAAUGUCAUCUACUGGCAGAAGGACUGCAACAAGGAGCGAUUGUGCAAGUAUGCGUGGAUGAUGGUGAGACCUGCGGACACAGUUAAACUGAUUCAAAGUGAAGAGUGCAAGAAGGAUGAACUAUAAGGACACAGGAUUUGUGACAAUGUAUGAUACUGAAUUUGGCAACUACUGAGGGCCAAAAUUUUGGUUUUCUUUGAAACAAACCCUACAGAAAGCUGCAUUACUCAAUUCCUUUGGACAUUCAAUUCACCACAUUUUAUUCAGAAAUGCAUGGACAUGAUCACAAAAUACUUAGAACAAGAAAAUGAAUCACAUACUUGGAACACAUUAUAAAAAUGCAGUAGGGUUUUAGCUCUAGCUUUGUCUCUAUCGAUCACCAUGUCAAUACAUGAAGCAAAGCAACUCAUCAUUCCCCAAAUUGCAAGUGCAGAUUCCUCUAUUAUCACAUUUACAAAAAAAAGUUUUUCAUGACAUUAUAGCUUAUGACACGUAAAAUAGCUCCCAUCCAAUGCUGACACAAAGGAACAUUUCACAAACAGCAUUUUAUUUGUCACAGUACAUUACAAGUUUUCCAGAAAUACAAUGAAGAUAUGAUGGCAUAUUGAUUUAGCUACAGUAAUUAAAAAGGGAAAAUAUCCUGAGGAUAAAAACUAUUAAACUUAUAAUAAACAAAGUUUACUCUUGAAUCCUUCACAAUGUUUGUAAACGCUGAAAUUGUUUAGCAAGUUUGUCAUGUAGUUUGAGUAAGGGUUGUGGGCUAGACCAGAAGGGUUUGGUAAAUUUUGUUAUUUAAUUUAUGGAAUCGUUACUCAAUAUUUUCCACUGAGAUUUUGCAGGACAGAAAAUGCAGUAGACGAAAUGUGAAAACAUCAAAGCUGCAGCUGUAUUCACACAUUUGACAAAUGGCAAUGGCACAUGUGAAAAGGCUUUGAUUGCAUUGAGUUACAAUCUUGACCUAGUAAGCAGUUUCGGACAUCAGGGCGACAUGUAUUAGCCCUUUAAAAUAAAAAAGCCAUUUCAAAAGGUGAGAAAAUACCUACAGAGUAAAAAUGCAUGUGUUACAUUUUUUACAUUUUGGGUGUUAGAGCCUCAGUUCAGGGGAGGAUACUGGCAUAUUUUUAAAUCAAUAUACAUUAAUUAUUAGAUUUGAGCAAUUUUAUUAUGCUCAAGAACUCAAACUGUGCAUAUUGAUACAAAUACAGUAUAGUAUGAAAUAUUCUGCAUAAGAGCAUCCAUUUGAAGGGAAAAUACUGGUAUUUUUUAAUAUUUCAGUAUAUAUUUA